AUGAGUUUCGUCAACAACUCACGCAUGUCUGUGUACUCGACCGCGUCCGCACAGGGUCCGCAUCCAGGUCAAUCGCCUUCGCAGGUCUCUACCACAUCGCUGUUGAACUACCUCAAUUCGGCAUACAAGCAAAGCCAGGCAUAUAGUCUCGAGGCUAGCACCAGUCUCGUUGUAAACACAUGGGUCAACUCCAAGUCGGUCAUCAACGACCGCAUCGGCGGCACUGUUGACCUCGAGUUGGGACGAAAGGCAUGGGAACAUGCCCGCCGACGAGCCGAGGAUGGAUGCAUUGUGCUCGCCUCGCUACACGAAUCCACUCCUUCCCUCUUCGCACCCUUCGUGUCGAGUCUGCCACUGUCGCUACCGGGCAACUUCUACACAGCACUCGAAGUGCUCAAGGCCUUCACACACUGCGUGACUCCGCAAAAUCCCUUCGCUGCUCGCUACUCUGCCCUCGCAGCCGUCUUCACUAUCAACCUCACAGGUAGCCUGGUCGGCGCUGAGAUUAAGCUCUCCACAUCGGGCCUCGAUGUUCAGCAGGGCCUCCUCCAAGUGCCAGCUCACAGCGGCUUCCGCGCCUUUGAUGUCUUCUACUAUCUCAAUUCCAGCUCAGCAUCAAAGCAGGAGCGCGAGUUCCUCGACAUCCAACCUCUCGACCGCUACACCCUCCUCAACCGAUCUGGCACCUACAAUCCCCCUAAUUUCCUACCCGACGCCGACGAUGCUGCCGCGGCCGAAGACUUCCGCACAAACCUCAAGGCUAUUGGAAUCAAGGGACAACAGCUGCGCGAUCUGAUCAGCUGCUUGACCGGCUUGUUGAAGCUCGGAAACACACUGGACUACUUCAUGGACGAAGAAGCGUUGCAGUCUACUUGCCAGGAGGUUGCCGAGCUGCUGGACGUCUCCCCAGAAGUUCUGCAAGAAAAGCUCAGCUCGAACGAGCGCCAGCUUGUCAUCGGUGGCAUCUACGAGGCCAUAGUAGACUUCGUCAUUGCUCACGCAAAUACCGCCAUCAAGGCAGACAUCCGAGCAGCAAAGGCGGGCCACGGCAAUGAAAGUGACGGGAGCCAGCCAGGCAUGAUGACGCCAGAUGACUCCGAAGACGAGGCUGGCGAUAUUGUCAACAUCACCGUUGUCGAUGUCCCCAGCCGUGCACUCGGUAAAGCCCUUGCUCUACGCACCGUUUUCGAUGACAGCGAAGGAAUCAACGCCGAGAUGAAGGAAGACGGUGUCCAAUUUGCCCCAGCUGGCGGUUCCGUCCUCGAGGGUAUGAGAGAAGCCAUCCAGAACUGUGAGGCCGAGCUUGGCAUUAGCGGUCCGGGACUGCGCGAGAAGGAGCAGGAUCUUGAGAGGCGCGAGGCUGUGCUUGAAAAGGUCAUGUACGAAGUGGCUGACGAGGGCAACUUUGUUAGGCAAGUGCUGGCUCCUGUGCAAGGCGAAGGCGUAGUGCUUGGGAAGCACGGUCGCUUUGAUCUACCCAUCACAGCGGCCAGUAGCAGAGUCUGGUUCCAGCUCGCUGUUCACCCCACAGACUCUAUGCCAACAUCCACUGCCCAGGAUUUACAAUCAACAUGGCAAGCUGGUGUAGUCUCCCGACAACUUCGAGAGUGGAGAUUGCCAGAGUGGGCCAACCGCCGCAACCGAUCCUUGGACUUCACUGCCGAUUUUGACCAUGCGGAGUUCUAUCAACGAUACCAUCCUCUGGGCUGCAUGGAAGGCAGAGACGGCAUACAGAGCUGGGUCCUGCAACGUGGAUGGAGCAAUGGCGAAGUUGUGGUCGGCACAGAACGUGUAUGGGUCAGAGAAGGUACAUGGUGGGAAGCAGAGUCGCAGCUUGAUCAGAAGACGCAAGACUUCAAUGGCUCGCCAAGCAUGCUAGGAGGUAUGAUUGGCGCUGGCGGUAUGGAAAGCGCCUACGGUGCACCAUACGCUCCGUCAGCCAGCAGCUUCUUCCCGCCACUUCCUGAGCAGCAAGCCAUCCAGAACCCGUUUCAAAGCUCAGCCAGUCUCGCCCCACGCAGCAUGGCCGACGCCAAAUCGAUCGCACCCACUAUUCCUGUGCAAAGCGCCGGAGACUAUGGACUUGGAAGGAAGGGGGAUGAGAACAAAGGCGUCACUUACUAUGACGCGGAAUCUGGCGGCAACGCCAUGGUCACUGAAUCCCCCCUUACGGCAUCGCGACGAAUGUGGAUCGCAUUCGUGUGGGUGGUUACUUUCUGGAUGCCCUCGCCUCUCCUGAAAUUGGUUGGUCGUAUGAAGCGUCCUGAUGUCCGCAUGGCCUGGCGAGAGAAGUUUGUGUUGUUCCUGAUGAUUAUUUUGCUCAACGCCGCAAUCGUGUUCUACAUCGUCGCCUUUGGCAAGCUUCUAUGCCCCAACAAGGACAAGGUUUGGAGCCGAGGCGAAGUUUCAUCGCAUCAAGGAGAGAACGACUACUUCGUCAGCCACCGUGGUGUCGUUUAUGACUUGACAUCAUUCUGGAAGAAACAGCACAGUGACUCAAACACCGAAUCAACUCGAGACCGAAUGAUAGAGAUGGCCGGUGCUGACAUGGACCCUUACAUCAUGCCACCGCUGUACCUUGCAUGCCCGAACCUUAUCGAUGGAAACAACCAGGCCAACAAACAAAUGUUCUUGACAUCCAACGCGACACUCACGAACACAUUCGCAACCCACAAGUCUGGAUCUCAAACAAACCUAGCGGACAGCAAAGCCUUGCAAAACGAGAACUGGUACCCUGAUGUCUUCCUUCCGGCCAUGCGGGAAUUCAGGAAGGGUGAGCUUGUGUGGAAAGAGAAGGAUAUCAAGAAAGAAGGCGAGGACCUGAACCACAUGUGGUUCACACUCAAGGACCGAGUCUACGACCUCACGGACUACUUCAAGACGCUGGACAUGAUGAAUGACCUCCCUCAAUACAAGUUCCUUGACACGAAGUUGACAGACUUGGUGAAAAGCAAGGCUGGAACAGACCUGUCUGAGGAUUAUUCCAACCUGCUGAGCGCCGACGCACAAGCCAAAAAUUUGCAGUGUCUCGACAAUCAAUUCUAUGUCGGUAAGACCGAUUUCCGCGACACGGCACGCUGUAAAGUGAACGACUACAUCCUGUUGGCUGUUGCAAUCUUGCUAGUCUCAGUCAUUGUCGUCAAGUUCUUGGCUGCACUUCAACUUUGGCUCAAGAAAACGCCCAGCAAACCAGGACAAGUGCCCGCUUACACCGAAGGUGAGGACCAACUUCGAAAAGGUCUCGAUUCUCUGACUGCGCUUGCCUACGACAACAAGCGUAAGCUCAUCUGUGUCGUUUGCGAUGGUAUGAUUGUUGGUGGUGGUAACGAUAGGCCCACGCCAAAGAUUGUCCUGGAUAUCCUCGGUGUUGACCCCAAAGUCGAUCCUCCCGCUCUUCCUUUCUGGUCUGUUGGCGAGGGCAGCGAGCAGCUCAACUACGGAAAGGUUUACUCUGGUCUCUACGAAUUUGAAGGCAACGUGGUUCCAUACCUUGUUGUGGUCAAGAUGGGUAAAGAAUCGGAGCAACAGAAGUCUAAACCUGGCAAUCGUGGAAAGCGUGACUCGCAAAUCCUGCUCAUGAGCUUCCUCAACCGUGUCCAUCACCGCUCGGCAAUGAACCCCUUAGAACUGGAAAUGUUUCACCAGAUCAACAACAUCAUCGGUGUGGACCCCGAGCUAUACGAAUAUCUUCUCAUGGUCGAUGCCGAUACGAUGGUCCGGCCAGAUGCCCUCAACCGUCUUGUAGCAAGUUGCGCCAAUGACUCGAAGAUUGCCGGUAUCUGCGGUGAAACCAGCUUGGACAAUGAAGACCGAUCCUGGUGGACGAUGAUCCAGGUCUACGAAUACUACAUCUCCCAUCACUUGUCCAAGGCUUUCGAGAGCUUAUUUGGCAACGUUGCUAACGAUAAUAGUUUCUGCAUGUACCGCCUGCGCACAGCCGACAAAGGCAAGCCUCUCAUUAUUGCCGACAAGGUCAUCAAGGACUAUGCCGACUGCGCAAUCGACACUCUGCACAAGAAGAACCUGCUUUCGCUUGGUGAGGAUCGUUACUUGACCACCCUGAUGACAAAGCACUUCCCAACCAUGUCGUACAAGUUUAUUCCUGACGCAUACGCCCUUACCGCUGCCCCUGAGACGUGGAGUAUUCUACUUUCACAAAGACGUCGAUGGAUCAACUCUACCAUCCACAACCUGGCUGAGCUCGUCUUCCUCAAGGACCUCUGUGGUUUCUGUUGUUUCUCCAUGCGCUUCGUGGUCUUUAUUGAUCUUUUCGGAACCCUUGUGCUGCCUUCUAUCUGCGCAUACCUGGUGUACCUCAUCUACAGCGUCGCGUCCGGAAAGGGUCAGUUCCCAUUGCUUUCCAUCAUUAUGCUCGCUGCUGUGUAUGGUCUGCAGGCACUCAUCUUCAUUAUCAAGAGGCAAUGGCAGCACGUUGGCUGGAUGAUCAUCUACCUCAUGGCGUUUCCCAUCUACUCCCUGGCUCUACCAAUGUACUCGUUCUGGAAGCAGGAUGAUUUCUCUUGGGGUAACACUCGUGUCGUCAUUGGCGAGCAAGGCACUAAGAAGGUUCUUACCACCGACGACGAAGGCUUCGACCCGAAGGCUAUCCCUAUGAUGCGCUGGGACGACUAUGCCGAGCGAAACGAACUCCCCGGUCGCCGCGGUAUGCCCGGCCAAGCAUCUGAGAAGGGCGGCCUCAACCCUUACGAAGACGAGGCAUACGAGCUGAACGACAUGCAAUCCGUCUACUCGUCCGUCAAGCCCGCCUCAACCAUCAUGUCCAACAUGCAGCACAUCUCGCACAUGCCCCCGCAAUCCCCCGGCCCCUACCAAGGCAUGCAGACGCGCCAAUCCACAUACUCCAAUUUCUCCCGCUACCAGGACAACCCCAACGCCGGCCGCCAGAUGUCCAUGGGCAACAUGAGCGAGCAAUUUGCCCGCCAGCCCUCCCCGUACAACAACCGUCCCAACCACGGUGGCUUCCAGAGCUCAGACAAUCUCAUGGCUUCCACGCCGCCGAUCCGCGGUCGUAGCCCGCUUGGCUUCGACCAGUCGCGGCCUGGCAGCACGGUCAACUUCCAGAACAUGAUGAACGGUCCCAAUGAUGCUACCAUCGUCGAGGUUGUCCAGCAGUGUUUGCGCGAGGCGGAUCUGGACCGCAUCACGAAAAAACAGCUUGUUGCACUUGCGGAGCAAAGGUUGCAGGCGCAGUUGACGGGUGAGAGGAAGAUUUUCUUGAGUCAUACUAUUGAUGAACAACUUGCCAAUAUGGGCUAA